AGUAUGUGGUCCAAUACUAGUGCUGCCUCCUUUUUGUUGACUGGAUUCCCAGGGCUCGAGGCAGCGCAUCACUGGAUCUCCAUCCCUUUCUGUGCAGUCUACUUCUCUGUGCUCCUUGGAAACAGCACCCUCCUCUACCUCAUUAAAGACGACCACACUCUCCAUGAACCCAUGUACUACUUCCUGGCCAUGCUAGCAGGCACAGACCUCAUGGUGACCCUGACCACGAUGCCCACUGUCAUGGGCGUAUUAUGGAUGAAUUACAGGAAGAUAUAUCCUGGGGCCUGCUUCAUGCAAGCCUACUUCAUCCACUCCCUUUCCGUUGUCGAAUCAGGUGUUUUGCUUGCCAUGGCCUAUGACCGUUUUAUUGCUAUCCGCAAUCCCUUGAGAUACACUUCCGUUCUCACCAAUACUAGGGUGGUUAAGUUGGGAGUAGGGAUAUUUCUGAGGGGUUUUAUGUCCAUCGUGCCUUUAAUUGUGCGCCUCUUUUCAUUUUCAUAUUGCCAUUCUCAUACUCUCAAUCAUGCUUUUUGUCUUCACCAAGAAGUCAUGAAACUGGCCUGUGCUGACAUAACCUUCAACAGAAUCUACCCUGUGAUUCUGGUCUCCAUAACAUUCUUCCUAGACUCUCUGAUAAUUCUCUUCUCCUAUAUCUUGAUUCUUAAGACUGUCAUGGGGAUUGCCUCUGCUGAAGAGAGAGCCAAGGCUCUCAAUACCUGCAUGUCCCACAUAUGCUGUGUUCUCGUCUUCUAUGUUACUGUGAUUGGUCUGACAUUCAUUCACAGGUUUGGGAAGAAUGUGCCACAUGUGGUCCACAUUAUCAUGAGCUAUGUCUACUUCCUCUUUCCGCCCUUAAUGAAUCCUAUCAUCUAUAGCAUCAAGACCAAGCAAAUUCAAAGUGGCAUUCGCCGCCUUUUGUCUAAACAGAAAUUUGGAAGUUAA